UCACAUCAUUCACUUCCUCCAUUCGAAACCGGUAAACCACGUCGAGAGCAAGAUCACGAUUCAAUUCAACUGCUAUUGUCUGAAGAAGUAGGCUAAUUCCACAUUUCCACUUGCCAAAGUAAAUUGCAAACCCUACUUCUGUGCUUGCUUGCUUACCCUGACUGACUGAGAAACCGCCAUGGAUGCACCACCGCGAGGAGGAGGAGGAGUAAGCGCUCCACAGCAUCGGCAGCAGCCGCCUCCACCACCGCCUCCCGGCGCCGGCAACCCCAUUCCUAUACUUCUGGCCUUCCUAGUCAUCAUAGCUAUGGUACUGGUUCCAUCCACAUCAAGCUUAAAGAGUAGCUUCACUAUAAUGCAUCAAGUGCCAGAAGGCCAUGUUGGGGUAUAUUGGAGAGGAGGUGCCCUUUUGAACACAAUUACUGAACCAGGUUUCCAUUUUAAGCUACCUUUGAUAACCCAGUACGAGUCAGUUCAAGUCACCCUCCAGACAGACCAAGUGAGGGACAUUCCAUGUGGCACUAAAGGUGGUGUCAUGAUAAACUUUGAAAAGAUUGAGGUUGUUAAUCGACUUCGUAAAGAAUAUGUAUACGACACCCUAUUGAACUAUGGAGUGCAGUAUGACCAUACUUGGAUUUAUGACAAAAUUCAUCAUGAGAUCAAUCAAUUCUGUAGCUCUCAUUCCCUCCAGCAGGUCUAUAUCGAUAUGUUUGAUCAGAUUGAUGAAAAAAUGAAAGACGCGCUUCAGGUUGAUUGCACUAGGUAUGCUCCUGGAAUUGAAAUUUUAAGUGUCCGUGUGACAAAGCCUUUGAUUCCAGAGAGUAUAAGAAAGAAUUUCAGACAUAUGGAAGAAGAGCGCACAAAGGUUUUGAUUGCUAUUGAGAAACAAAGAGUGGUGGAGAAAGAGGCAGAGACAGCGAAGAAGAUGGCUAUCAGUGAAGCCGAGAAAAGUGCCAGUGUGAGCAAGAUUCACAUGGAACAGAAGUUGACGGAGAAGGACAGUGAAAGGAUGCAGCAAGAAAUCCAAAACCACAUGUAUAUGGCUCAUGAGAAGAGUUUAGCUGAUGCUGCAUUCUACCGGGUGAUGAAAGAAGCUGAAGCAAACAAAUUGAAGCUGACCCCCCAGUUUCUGGAGCUGAAAUUCAUCGAAGCAAUAGCCGACAACACGAAGAUUUUCUUUGGAGAGAAGGUGCCAAAUCUGGUCCUUGAUCAGAGACUCCUGGGGAACUUCCUGCACAGUACGUCUGGAGAUGCAGACUCUAAAGAGCUGAACGUGGGUGAGGUAUCGAAAGGUGACGGACGUAGUGAAAUGUGACAUCUAGGUACUACUGAAUGACUUCAUAAUUUGCAGAAGUUUGUAAUUGCUCUUAGUAGUCAUUGUUUUGUACUUGUUUGUUGUUUACUGAAGUUGCCAAGAAGAGAAAGAGAAAUUGCAUCGAAGCUCCGUGCAAUGCCAGCAAGAAAGGCUGUACGAAAUUAACGAGAUCCGAGAGGGACAUGUAUAAUAGAGCAUCGGGGCGCUCACUAGUUGCUUGUCUCAUGAGUCGCGACAAAUGUCGCUGAAAACAAAACGUUGAAAGCUCUGCAUACAUCUCUCCCUUUUUUUCUUCUGGACCACCCAUGUUCUCCUCUAACUCUUUGCUUCAGUCACCAUCUAGCUUGAGCCCUUGUUCUUCUUCUUGAAUUGCUCGCUCUGCGCUCUCAAAUAUUCUUAAAAGUGCAGGAAUUUGUCCUUGUAGUUAACCGUUGGUAAAUGUUUCACAUUAUUAGGUGCUAAGUAUGGUCCUUGAUCAGAGACUCUUGUGGAACUUCCUGCACAGUAUGUCUGGUGAUGUCACUCUAAAGAGGUUAACUUGGACAAGGUACCGACAUGUGAGUUGUGACGGACGUAGCAAAUCUGACAUCUUGGUACUACGGAAUUGGUUGAAGAUAAUUUGCAGAAGUUUGUAGUUGGUCUGAGUUGUCAUUGUUUUGUACAUGGUUCUUGUUGUUCACUGAAGUUGCAAAGUAGAUGAAGUGAAAUUGUGUUGAAGCUCCAUGCAAUGCCAGCAAGAAAGGCUGUACGAAAUUAACGAGAUCCAUCUCACUUGUCUCAUGCGGCGUGACAAAAGUCGCUGAAAACAAAACGUUGAAAGCUCUGUAUCCAUCUCUCCUUUCUUCUUCUGGAUCUCUCCCAUUUUCUCCAAUGAAGCUGGCCACAACUCACAGGGUAAAAGGCGAAAAUAACCUUUUACCUCUAGUCAAUCAUCUUCAAACAUGAAACAACGCCCACUUGCAGUGUGCUGCACGGGCGAGACGUUUCUAAGAAUCCUGACGAUUCUUUGCAGGAAGAACAAUUUGCACUUUGCAGAGGACAGAACCUGCUAGGGUUUUGGGAAAUGCGGCUCAGUGGCCUUUUCCAUUCAUCCAAGUAGCAGCUAAAUAAUUUGUACAGUUUGAGAAGAAGAAGAAAUUAUAUUCGGUUUGAUAUGGUUUGGUUCAAACGUUGAUUUGAUCUUGUAUGAACCAAAUUGUUGCACACCCCGACGUACAACACACCGUCAAAGAGUAGCAGUUGUUUCAGUUCUAGAGAAAGCCAAAUUGCUAUAAUAGACUUUAAUACUCUGCUUUUUAGCCCCUGGUUGUGGUUACCCUAUCUCUUUGCUUCAAUGACCAUCUAGCUUGAGCUUGAAGGGCUUGUAUAUAGGGCGAAACACCCCUUGUUUAUGUUUGGUGUCGGGAUGUUAGGCACCCAUCUAACUUGAGCGUUGAAGGGCUAAAAUAAAAGCCACACCAUUCAUUGUUGACGAGUAGUGAUCGGGAUGGACAACAAAAACUAUACUUGCUAAGUUGAAUCAAGAUGGUCAUUUUCU